GAAGCCGACCCUAAACCCUCUUCCGCUCCUCCUCCUUCCUCUCCCUGCGUUUUCAAUCUCUCUAGCGAGCGACGACGGAGACGACAAGCGACUGAACCAGAUUCGAAAGGGGGUUCCGUCCCAGCAACCCUCCGGUCGGAUUGAAGAGCUCACCGAUCGAACGGUGGUGGUUCGUGGCCGGCAAGAAGAGAUGGGGAGGGAACAGGUCUCGUACACGGUGGAGCAGCUCGUCGCUCUCAACCCCUACAACCCGGACAUGCUUCCGGAUCUCGAGAAUCACGUCAACGAGCAGGUGUCUUCGCAAACCUACAGCUUGGAUGCGAAUCUCUGCCUCCUCCGCCUUUAUCAGUUUGAACCGGAGAAGAUGAGCUCCCAAAUUGUUGCUCGCAUCUUAAUAAAGGCUCUCAUGGCAAUGCCGGCUCCGGAUUUCAGCCUUUGUCUCUUCUUGAUUCCAGAGCGAGUGCAAAUGGAAGAGCCAUUCAAGACUUUGAUUGUCCUCUCACAUUAUUUGGAGACAGGAAGAUUUCGCCAGUUCUGGGAGGAGGCGGCUAAGAGUCGUCAUCUGCUUGAAGUUGUGUCAGGUUUUGAGCAAGCAAUCCAAGCAUAUGCUGUUCACGUAUUGUCAUUGACUUACCAAAGGGUUCCCAGGACCGUGCUUGCAGAGGCUAUCAAUAUAGAAGGUCUAUCACUGGACAAGUUCCUCGAACACCAAGUCGCCAACUCUGGCUGGGCCUUGGAGAAGGGACAGGGGAAAGGUCAACUGAUCCUCAUUCCCCAAAACGAGUUCAAUCAUCCCGAACUGAAGAAAAACGCUGCAGAGAGCAUUCCAUUAGAGCACAUCACCCGCAUCUUCCCCAUCCUCGGUUGAUUCAUCCGACCAAAAGCGGGAAUUCUCGAAAUUUUUGGGUGCUUGCAGAAUGCUUGACGUGAAUCAGCGCACACAAACUUCAUGCACACUAUACUGCUCGGAAAUAUUAAAAUUUUUGGAGAUGUUCAGACUUUGCUAGGUUUCCUGGCUAUGCUUAGGAUUUCUAUUUAUUCUGUUUGUAAACUUCUCAGAGAAGUAACAGGAGCAAUUUGAUGAGUACUUUCAAUAGUGCGCUUGGUAACAUUUCUAUUUUGGAGUACAAUUUCUUUUGAGAAA